AAACUUGAUGCGUAGGUUAAACAUUUUCACUGUGCAACAAAGUUUUCAAACCGUUUGAUCUAUAACCAAUCAGUUAGUUUUUUAUAAUGUUGGUGUACAUUUUGUUGAUUGCUAUAAUAAGUUUACAAAACACAUCGGCGCAGAUUCCUUCGUUAACACACGACUGUCCGAAAGUUAAUGUAGUUCAAAACUUCAAUGUUUCCGCGUAUCUGGGAAAGUGGUAUGAACAAGAGAAAUAUCCCAUUAUUUUCGAACUCGGAGGCGAAUGUAUCACAGCUGAAUACACUCUAAAAGACGAUGGAACUGUUAAAGUUUUUAAUAAAAUGACCGUAGCUGGUUUUCCAUCGAGCAUAGAAGGAAGCGCAACACUCAAUUCUACAACUGGUGAAGCUAAAUUGGUGGUAACUUUUAAUGUACCAAUUGCUGUUCAUUCUCCUUACUGGGUUCUUAGCACAGAUUACACGAGUUAUGCAGUCGUUUGGUCCUGUCAAGACGUUCUAGUAGCUUCUGCAAGCACUGCUUGGAUUUUAACGAGGGAUCAGAAUCCGCCCAGGAGCUUAAUCGAAAAAGCCGAAAAUAUACUUAAACAGCAGAAUAUUUCCACCACUCCUUUGACAAAAACCAAUCAAAAUAAUUGCAAAAAAUAAUUUACCAAUUAUGAUGUCAUAAAAUACAACGAAAUAAUAAAUAUUACCUAAUGGUUCCUAUUAAUGCCUUAA